UUAACUUUCAUAACUAUUAUAGUUCAGAAUUGAUUUGUGUAAUCAGUAGUGCCUUGUCUUGCCUAGCGACGACGCGGAACUGGUGGAACUUGUUGCUAAUUGACUGUUAAUUGAAGCCGCGCCCGCAUAGCUUCAGCAACGCCGUUGCUUUUCAAAUCAGUCAACCGGAAAAAAAAAUAAAAAUGGUAUACAGAAAAAAUGAGGAGCGUCCUUUCAUUGGAAACAAACAGUCGGUGACAUUGCAGCCGUCAUGGGAAUCGAAAAUAAAAGAGGACCCCGAUCGCAAAGGCUCAGGUUCGAUGAUGUCGAAAAUUGUGACUUCACUGCAGCCGCCUGUUGACAAAUAUAAACUGGUGUUCCUAAUUUUUAUGCUGCAUGGUUUGGGCACUCUGAUGCCCUGGAAUAUGUUUAUCACAGCGAAAUCGUAUUUUGAGGACUUCAAGUUGGGUGAAAACUACACGGUUAAAUCGGAAGUCAACUAUCGGGGCAACUUUAUGCAGAAUAUGGGCUUUGCUUCCCAAAUACCCAACGUUCUCUUCAAUUGGCUAAAUAUAUUCGUAAAUUUCGGCGGUGAUCUGACCAGUCGCAUUGUGUAUAGCAUUUUAAUGGAGAUUGUGAUUCUGAUAAUAACAGUUGUGCUCGCCAUGCUGGAUUCAUCCGAGUGGCCGGGCAUAUUCUUCUGGUUGACAAUGACUACGAUAGUGCUUAUAAAUAUGUGUAAUGGCGUAUACCAGAGCUCAAUUUAUGGACUCGUCGCGUCCCUCCCACCAAAAUACACAGGUGCGGUUGUUUUGGGCUCAAAUGUUAGCGGUUGCUUCGCUACCAUUAUGUCCAUUCUCUGUGCCACGUUCUUCACCUCGAUGAGGACAGCGGCCAUCUAUUAUUUUGUGACGGCUAUUUUGGUUUUACUCUUCUGUUUCGAUACGUACUUUGCGCUACCUCUGAACAAAUUCUUCCGGCAUUAUGAGACGGUAAACAAGUAUAAUGAAAAGAAAUCAGAUUCGAAAACUCAAUUAAAUGUUCCUUACUGGCAAAUAUUUAAGAAAGCCUCACCACAGCUGUUUAACGUAUUUUUCACGUUCUUUGUCACAUUGUCCGUGUUCCCCGCGAUGCAUUCGGAUAUCAAGCGUACUGAAAAUUUUGUAAUUGAAGAGAAAUACUUUACCCAAGUUACGUGCUUUUUAACAUUUAAUGUAUUCGCCAUGCUGGGCAGCUUGACAACCUCCUGGAUUCAAUGGCCCAAACCAAAAUAUUUGGUUGUCCCCGUUGUCUUGCGUGCUAUCUUCAUACCCCUGUUUCUCUUCUGUAAUUACCAGCCGAAAGAUAUUGUUAGAACUUUGCCUGUUUUCAUUACGAACGAAUGGAUAUAUUGGAUCAUUGCCAUCAUUAUGUCAUAUAGCUCUGGCUAUUUAAGUUCCUUGGGCAUGAUUUACUCACCACAGACGGUCAGUGGCAAAUAUCAGAUAACCGCCGGCAUGUUUGCCGCUGCUUUCCUAGUUACCGGCAUUUUCUCUGGGGUACUGUUCGCGUAUUUAAAUCCGCUCAUUGUACAACUUUGAAAUUUUCUAUUACUUUCUCUUACAUCAUCAUCAAGUUGCGUGCAUAUACUCUGUUACCAAAGCGAAAGAAUGUAUAUUGCCGCGUCCGUCCGUCUGUCCAAGCAUACUCUUACAUACGCCCAUAAGGAUAUGUGCUCAUUUCGCUUGUGGAUUAGAGCCAGAGGCUCAAAUCUUGUUACUAAUACUAUUACUGCUUUGCUCUGAAACAUAAAUAUAAACGGUCAGACAGGUUGCGUAUAUAUAUAUAUAUAUAUAUUUGUAAGUAAAUAACGACUGAAAUAAUAAUCCAAUAAUUGAAAUUUAACCACGCAAACUCCUAACAUCCAAUCAAGUGGCCUUCAAGUAGAGCAGAGUAUCGCCAAGUCGGUAGCUUUCGACUGCAACGUUCUAAUCUGUUAACAUUACGUAAAUAACACAACUAAAACAAAAAAAGAUAUUGAGUAAUGAAUUUAUUUUUGAACUUACGGCCAAACAAACUAAAUUAUAUUUAUUUAAUUCACUUUUGUACUUUCGGCCGGACAAUCUAAAUUAUACUAAUAAUUACCUAAUAAUAAAUAAAAUUGUAGAAGUGUUCAAAUAAAGUUGUUAACCCUCUUGUA